AUGGAGGGACUCAAGAAUCCGAACGGCAGGUUUGAUGACCGGCAAGAUUUGUUGAGUCGUAUUGAGAAGUAUGAAAGAAAGGUGAUACCUAGUUACGAAGGGAAAGUGCAUGAGUUGACACACAAGCUUCGCAAUAGACCAAGCAUUUGUACAUCGGUGUCUUGUAUCGAUGUCUCGAAACGAAUUGGAGACUUUGAAAAAGAUUCGAAAAUGAAUCCGGAGUUAGACAAAAUAAGAUCUGAACUGAAAAGAGCUGAGGAAGUUAUUCGUGAGAAGGACAACGAGAUUGAGGCCAAAAAUAAGGAGCUUCGUGAAAUGACAAACAUGAUUCAAAAAAUGGCAGCCACUUUCAACACGGAGAUGAGCAAGCAGGAGAUCUUAAUUAGAGAAUUGAACGAUGAAGUUGUCGACCUACGUGGCCAAAUUCGUGUAGCGAUUCGUGUUCGUGAUUAUGAAAAAGAUGGUUCAAAUUUUGAGAUAACGAGUGACAACGAAGUGAAGUUCCAACAGAAUGGCCAAAGCAAUGUAUUUGAGUUUGAGAAUGUUUUCAAACCAACAACGAACCAGCCACAAGUUUUUAAUGAAAUUAAAGAACUGAUCAUGUGUGCUUUGCAUGGAAAAAAUGUGAGCUUGAUUGCAUUUGGACCGACAUCAAGUGGAAAGACGUAUACUAUGAGAGGAGAUGAAGAGAACGAAGGAGUCAUUCCACGUGCCAUUAACUUCAUGCUUGAACAUUCGAGACAUGAUUUGGCCACGAUUGGUUGGCAAUACAGUUUUGUUGCUUCGUUUAUUGAAGUUUACAAUGAUGAAGUAUUCGAUUUGUUAGAUGAAAAGAAAAAGAUUAAAAUAACUGGAGAAGCUGUAACAUCGAAUAAGAUCCCAAUAAAGGGCAUGAGAGAUGUGAAUCAUCUUCUUCAGUUAGCUGAUGCUCAAAGAUCAGUUGCUUCCACAGCAUGUAAUCUCCAUUCUUCUCGUUCUCAUGCAAUUUUCCAAAUCUACAUUGACGGAGUUAACAAGUCGGGAGAAACAAUCAAAUGUUCCUUGAAGUUGGUUGAUUUAGCUGGAUCAGAACGUGCUAAAGAGUCUGGAGCUCAGGGAGAACAGUUCAAGGAGUUGACCAAAAUCAAUCAAAGUCUCAGCACUUUGAAGAAAUGUAUCAGAGCCCAAAAGAAUAAGGAUACACAUGUUCCUUAUCGUGACAGUAAGCUGACUAUUCUACUCCGUGAUUCUUUGGGUGCUGGAUCAUCGAAAACCAUGUUCAUCGCCCAUGUCAAUCCAAACGAUGUUUGUGAAACCGAUAGAACUUUGAAGUUCACCUCAGAUCUUCGUUCUACCCGCAUUGGAAAGGCAACUGUGCAGACUGGCCAAUAA